UAGCAUCGUUGUCCCCAGUGGGACAACUGUCCGGCGUCCACAUAUACCAAGUCGAAAUUGUUACAAGUCAAACAAACAGGCCCGUGUGGCGAUCAUUGUUACGAUGAUGUUAUUACCUGUGAAGAAAAUUCCCAUGGCAAUCUUUUAUGAAUCCAUGGGCUCGUUUUACUUUCUUCUUUGUACAUUCCUCCCUCGCCGCGGGCAUUUUACAUGGAGGCAGCAAGCAUGCUUUUUUCUUGAAGCUAUUCGUGUGUCGGAAUCAGAAAAGGGUCAUGAAAACCCGAUGGGUGGAAAUUAUAAGCAGGAUUUAAGUCAUGGCUUACAAGCGAAAUUAGAGCCAGCGGUCACAUCCAUGUGCUGCCUAG